UUUUUUUUUAUUGAAUAAUGUCUAAAGCAAAAAGUUUAGUUGAAUCUCUUCUCAAGAUUCCUACUGUUAGAAUAAAGAAUGUUGCCAACACGACUGAAAAGUUACAAAAGAUCAUUCAAGAUGGUAGACGCAAUCUACACUUUAUUAGUGGUAAAUAACAACAAAGAGAGAAGCAAUGAAUUUAAUGUUUAGAUUUUGAUAUGACUAUGUCUCGUCACUGGGUUCGCAAUAAGGAAACAGAUGCCUUAGAGCGUAACUCUUCUUCUCACGGUAUUCCUGCUCGGUCUGGUUUAUUGACGGAUGAAUAUAAAAAAGAAACAGCUAGAAUUUACAACAAAUAUUAUCCCAUUGAGAUUGAUCAAUCUAUGACUCAUGAAGAGAAAGUACCUUAUAUGAUGCAAUGGUGGGUAGAAGCACACGCUAGUUUAAUUGCUCAAAAGAUCUCUAAGCAUGACUUGGAAGAAAUGGCAAGAAAUGUCAAGAUUGAAUUAAGAUCUGAACUAGAAAAAGUAUUGAUCAACUGUAGAGAUACACAAGUACCUUUUCUUGUGUUUUCUGCUGGCAUUGGUGAUAUCAUUGAAGCUAUUCUGAAGCAAGUGGACUUGUUCUAUGACAAUAUGCACAUUGUUUCCAACAUGAUGGUCUUUGAUGAAAAUGACAUUUGUGUUGACUUCAAAGAGCCUCUUAUUCAUGUAUUUAACAAGUCAGAAUUUCAAUUGGAAACUUCACCUUAUCACAAAUUGAUCGAGAAGCGAGGCAAUGUUGUCUUGAUGGGUGAUAGUCUGGGUGAUCUUCAGAUGAGUCAAGGCGUGGCUCAUGAACUCUGCUUGAAUAUUGGUUUCUUGAACCAUGAUAUUAAGGCCUUGGAAUCUGCUUAUAUGGAUGCCUUUGAUGUUGUUAUUGAAGGCGACGCUAAUAUGAAGCCAGUGAUAGAAAUCUUGAAUUGUAUAGAGUAAUAGAAGACUUGUUUAUUAAUAGUAUUAAAAAAAAAGAAAGAAAGAAAGAGAAAAAUAAAGAGUAAAUAGAGUAAAUUACAAGAUC